CAUUGAAGCACCCACCAACUUUCAGAAAAUCCGUUUUAGCAAUAAUAUAGUUUAUACGGAUCAAAAUUGAAAGGAUUUAAUGCUAUAUAAGAAGUUCUUCGAGUCUUUAGUCCCAAGCCUGCUUCGAUCAAGUUUCAGAGAAUCAUUUCGUAUAAUAGAAAAUUCCCAAAAGAUGGCUAAAAUAAAAGAUGUUGACCACCCCCAUAUUGACUUUGAAAAAGCUGUGAUAUACGGGAAACUUAAACAAAUCAAGUAUUCCAAGAUAAAUAACGUCGAUGCCAAUAUUCCAAGACUUACAAGCGUUUGGUGCUGUCGGCUAAAACCUCAACAAACAAAAGCUUUUGUCAAGUUCAUCAGAGAGUGCAUUACCCCAUACGAACCCCAAACAUUCACGCAUAUUAAACGAUUAAAGAAAAUUGGAACGGGGAAAGACUUCCGCUUAGAUGGGAUACUAUGUUCAUCUUCUCUAUUCACCACGAAAGAUCAAAUUCUUGAACUCAUUCAUGAGUACUCUGACCCUGAGAUUAGUGAAAUGACAUCUGAUCAAAUCAACGAAGUCAAAAUUCCUUCUAAUAUCCCAACCACUCGAGAGAUAUCCUUAGAAUGGUCGGAAAAGUUUUGGCCAAUGUCCUGGAGAGGAGAUCCUAAUGCCCAAUUUCUCAAAGAAGUGAAGUUCGAUAUAGUGAAAGAGAAACAAAUGAUUAGAAAAUUAUUAGAUGUCCUUGAAACGGCCACAGAAGAAAUCGAAUCCAAAAAACCCACCCUUCCAGUCGCUACAAUUGUGGUUAAUCCUAACAAUGAAGAGAUCGUAUCUACCAGCUUCGACUGCCGACUUGCACAUCCAUUGCAUCAUAGCGUAAUGUUGGCUAUCGAGCAGGUAGCACAAAAUGAAAAGAAAAGUAGACUUCAGAAAAGUGCACACUCAGUUGAGUUUGACUCGGGUUAUCUAUUGAAUGGCUUGGUUGUGUAUACUACCCAUGAACCUUGUGUGAUGUGCUCAAUGGGCUUGGUUCAUUCACGAAUCAAAAGAGUUAUAUAUUUGCAACCAAUGAAAUCAGGGGGCCUUGAAACUAACUACCAAUUAGGUGAUAGAGAUGACUUGAAUUGGAAUUUCGAAACCUGGAGGUGGUUAGAAGAGGAAGAUUUGAAGAAGUUGCAUGAAAUCGAAAGAAAGUACAAGACAUUCGACCAAGAGGUCAAUGUAUAACUUAUUUAUUUAUUUAUUUAUUCGUUCUUAAUCAUCCAGCUAUUAGUACAUGUCACCAUUAUAAUACAUAAAAACACGCUUUUCAAACCAUUAGUCAUUAUAAAUGAUGUAUAGACAUGUCAAUUGUCUAUUCUUUCUUCUAUUUGCCGCCAUCAAUAAUGGCCUCGAGUGUAUUAACGGCCCCUAAACUCGAUGAUGCAGACAACCCGUCAUCUCGAUCUAGUUUGUCACCCACGUCAUUGAUUAAACUUAACAAUUUCUCGAUAUCUCUACUAUAAGCAUCAAUUUUCUCGUCAAGAACCUUGUGUUGAGUUAGUGAGACCCUCUCGAUAUCUUUCAAAUGCUCCAAAAACAGUGACAUGUUGUAUUUUUCAGUUAAAGCAGUGCUAGCAUCAUUAUUAUUGGGAUUAAUACUCGUACCAUCGAUACUUAGCGGUAUUUUGAACUCGCUUUUAAUAUUUUCAGAUACCCUUUGUAAUAUUAUCUUCCUAUCCUCAUGCAAUAUUUCAUAUAAGAUUUGUAAACUUGUAGAGCUAGUUGAUUUAGGGAACCAUUUUCUUAGUUGAUUGGGGUUAAUUAUCUCAUCAACGUCAGCACGAGACUCAAAAAACUUUUCAAGAAUGGUGCUUGCAUCCAUAUCUACACACAACUACUACUUGCUGCUGUUGGCAAAUCUAACUACAAUUUUUUU